GUUAAAGCUCUACUGUCAUGGAAUCUCUCUCUUUCUCUUCCGUUGAAUCGCCAUGGAAGCGUGAAAUCAACCUCUCCAAAUCAACAGUUUUAGCUGAAUAGCAUCGUGAUAUGAGAAGAGGGAAUCACCGACCGAAAGCAGCAGCGGGAAGUCUAAAGAAGAAGACCGACGGGUUCACGAAUCCCGAUCCUUCGACCUCUCGAGAUUUGAAACGCAGGAGAAGUGUGAGUUUCGUGGAUGCUGAUCAUCAUCGGAGCCAUUCCCCUGAAGCCCAAACCGGACCAUCGGUUGAUGCCAAGACCUCGGAGUUUGCCUUCUUUAACAAGUUGAAGUCUACUUUUGGUCUCUCCUCCUCUGAAGCUUCAAACAAACUGAAACAAAAUCCGAAAGAUUUUGAAUCCAGAGGUCAAAUCCACAAUGAUGCAGGAACCGACCUCCGAGCUAAAGAUAUAACAGGCAAUACUACUACUUGUAGCUUCACCACUCCCAUUUAUAAUGCAAGACGCGGCUCACCUCUCAACUUGACUCGAAAGGAUAAAGAGAAAGAUCCUGGGAAAGGUUCUUCAGGGUUCAAUAGAGAUAAGGACACAGUUCGAGGUGGUAAUAACAACCUGAGUUGUGGAGGAAGCAGUGAUGAGAAGGAAGACGACUUUUUCUCUGUGAAGAGGAAGAGACUGAAUCAGUGGGUCAAACAUACUUGGUUUCCUGAUAUCACCCCCCAGCUGCUUACCUCAAACGGGGGCAAUUUAGUUUCUCUUCUCCUAACUCGGCUGUUCCCUGGAACCGAUGAGAAACAUCCUUCUAGGUUUUCCAAGGAGAGGACAGAGAGAAGAACGUUUCUUGAUUCUCCUGGAUCCAAGUUUCUCAAGAGGUCCCAUGAAAGCUAUUCAGAAGUUGACCAUGGUCUGCAAAUUGAGAAGAAAAGGGCCAUAUCUUGGCCGGAAAAUAGCAUUGCAACGAAUCAUGUCCACUACAGUUGCAUCCCAAGAGAUCCCCAAGACUUUAACUUUCCCUUCUCAUAUCCUAAGGAACCGGUUUAUAGACCUCCACUGUUGACACAGAAGACAUUCAUCUCGUUUCCUGUUGAAGAAACUCUGGACUCCAGCCUCCAUUUCAGAAACUACAACUCUCCUUCACUGGGUUAUCAUGGAGAAGACAUUGGAUACAGCUCAGAGGCCUUACUACCACAUGAUUAUAGGGAGCCUUCAUCUGCAUUACUUCUCGAGUGGAACACUGAGAACGCAAGCACCAGAAAGACUGAUGAUUUGCAACCAAGUAAUCACACAGAACUCAUCACGUGUCCAAAUGCAUCAUCAUCUUUGGCUGAUAAUCCAUGGAGGUCUGACUAUUCUUCAUCCCAUGAUGUUGUUACGAGGGAGCUGUACCCUUUACCUCUGCUCUCUCACUACACUUCAGGCAGUUUCCUCUUACCAGCAACAAACCAAACCCGCCAUUUUGAGCAUGAAUUGGAGAGGCAUAUGAUUGAUGAUGAAGAUGUAGUUGCAGCAAACCAGAAUCUCCAGACAUUUCAUCAAGCGACAAGCUUGUCAGAUUGUUUAACCAGAGGCCACACAUACUAUCAUAGUCCUUCCAACUCUCCAUUGGAUCAUUCCCCUUUUAAAUCCCCUGGACGUGAAAUGGUAUCCUUUCCGUUUUCCAGCAUCAGCAAUUCAGAUUUGUUGGAAGAGUCAAGUCCAACAACACAAAGCGAUCGGUGGUGGAUAUGAGCUUUACUGAAGAACUACUUGAAACGAGUUUGGUUGCCACCAGGUCAGUAACUCUUCUUACUCGCACCGUUCUCAUAAUUUGGUGUCAUUUGUUGUUUCUUGCAUUCUUUUUAGAUAAGACAUUUAAGUUCAGAAGACAUAAGAAUCAUCGAUUUUAGUUCUUGUCCUAACCGCAUUAUUGAUGAAUUUACUUGAAGGAGAUGUCGUAAAAUUCCAUCCGACAUAGACUGAUACAUGGUUGAGAUGGAUGUUAAAAGAUCUUUCUCAUUGUAAGUAAAAGAUUUUUAGAUAAUCGCUUCUUUCUUAAUUCCCAUCAAUCAUCAUUACUGUCCCCAAUAAAAUUUUGUAAUCAUGAGUGUUUUGUGUGUAUAGAGUCAGCUAAAAACUGUAAUGUUCAAAAUGUUAUAAGACAUUUAUACAUCUUUACUGUUUAUUA